AUGCCGCACAUACCUUACACUAAUUCCCGUCCACCCUACCCUCCUUCUCCAUUCCCAACCCUUAUCCUUUCCGAACCCAACCAUCCUAUUCCAUCACAUUCCAUCCCUUCCCUCCCAUUACUUGUACCUUACACUAAUUUCCGUCCACCCCUCCACCCUCUCUCCCCACUCUAUUUCUCUCUCCCCCACUCUGUUAUUUUUCUCACUCCCUACUCCUCUCUCCACUCCUUUCUCCCACUCUCCCAAAUCCCUUUCCCUCUCUCCCACUCUUUCCCAUUCUCCCCAAUCUCUCCCCACUCCUCUCUUCCAUUCCCUCUCUCACCCCAAUCACACUCUCCCUACUCCUCUCUCCCCACUCUUUCCUCCCUCAAC